AUGGGCCAACGCACGGGCGAGGCCGCAAGACCACAUAGUGUGGUUGAUGGAGGAGAAGAGGCAUGGGGCGCGUGGGAGGCUGACUGGGUUACCGAUGUGCAGCAGCAAAUGAAGCCGGUUGAGCGUGAUCAGCUGCAAGGGGGCUUGCACUUGGAAGCCGGCGAGGCAAUUGCGGGGAAGGCCAGGGCGGCAACGGCAGACAGAGGCGGUGGUAUGCUACUGUAUGGAUAUGCAGCGUGGCGACUGAUGAUGGAUGACAGUCAAGGCGUCGUCGGUCGCGUGACGAGGCGCCGGCUAGGGUCGCAAGCAGAUGCAGAUGGGAACAGGGCCGGGCUCAGCAGCAGCAGCAGCAACGGUCGGGAUGGAAAGCAAAGGCCCGGGGGGGAUCUGGAUGGCGAGCAAGAGGGCGUGGAUAGCGUGGAUUGGAUGGCCGUCAUCCAAUUACCUCAGCAGUGGGGGCCGUUUGCAUCCACAGCGACAUGCCACGCCGCCGUCAAGAGCCGCUCCAGUCGGCCUUUGCUCGCCGGCCAUGGCCAGGAGGAUUCCGACAAGACAAGACAAGACCAGACCAGACCAGACCAGACAGACGUUGAUGGCGCAUCCGAGCAGCCGUGA